GAACUGACGGUUCUUUCUCGGUGGAAGCCCGCGUCCGAGUGACACCACGUCCCUGCUCUUAACCCACUUAAUACAAGUGCCAUGGAGGAAUCGAGUAGUUGACGUUUCCUGUUGCAACCUUCUCUUUUUAAGCUUUCUUCCCGUCUGAUCACUGUGUUCUUGAACCGGUUUAUUGACGCGUUUGAACUCUCAGCGACUUUUCACCAGCUUUGACCAACCGAAAACAUGAAGUACAUCAUUGGCAUCGGAGGCGUAACAAAUGGAGGGAAAACCACCCUCACCAACAGAUUGAUCAAGAACCUGCCCAACUGUUGUGUGGUUCAUCAGGAUGACUUCUUCAAGCCCCAAGAUCAGAUUGAAGUUGGUGAAGAUGGCUUUAAGCAGUACGAUGUCAUUACUGCUCUGGACAUGGACGCCAUGAUGAGUACGAUCUAUGCUUGGUUGGAUAACCCGGUGAAGUUUGAGAAGUCUCAUGGCGUUAAUAACACCCUGGACACCGAGAUCGUCCCAAAGCCUGAGCAUAAGGAGGAGGAGGAGACUCACAUCCUUAUUGUGGAGGGCUUUCUGCUUUAUACUUACAAACCUUUGAUCGACGUGCUGAACCAACGUUACUUUAUUUCCAUCCCAUAUGAAGAAUGCAAAAAGAGGAGGUGCUCUAGGAACUACACGGUGCCAGACCCCCCCGGCCUGUUUGAUGGCCACGUCUGGCCCAUGUAUUUGAAACACAAGAACAUCAUGGAGGCAUCAGAUGUUGAUGUCUUGCAGCUAGAUGGAACCAAGUCAAAGGAACAACUGUUCAACUUUGUCUAUGGUGACAUCCUGAAUAACAUCCAGAAGUCUCUUUAACAAACAAAGGUCAUACGAUCGGCUAAAAGGAGCAUAUAAUCAGCCUGCAAGCAGAAGACCGCCUUGCCUUAAGUUUCUACCUGGCAGCUCAUUCAGCUGACUGCUAUGAUUUUUUUUUAUGUAAAUGUUUAACUGACGGCAAAUGCUGGCAUGUUUUUAUAUCUACCAUAUUUAUUGCUUUGUUACAGCCUACACUCCAAAGAGAGUUGACGGGAUAUGUUCAGAGGAUGGUUGCACUUAGUUGUGUAUGUCAAUAAAUGAUCCUCCUGCCAA